AAGCCGUCCAAAAAUACUUUUCUUGGCCUCUCCGUAAAGCCGGUAACAAUGACAAUUACGCAUCGUUUAGAUCUGUGUUGUACGUGGGAGUUGGAAAUGCCACCACACCUCCGACUCCCCUGAUUUGGCCAAUUUCAGCGGCAUCGAGGAUUAUUUAAACCAUGCUGUCAAUCUAUCCUCCAGCGCUUGAUCUGCCUUGAAACUUCUCUAGUGCAACACUACCAUGGCUGCAGUCAAUAUGCUCUCUCGUGAACGUCGAUCCUGGACUGCCAAGGAAGACCAACUCCUCCGCGAGGCCGUUCAACGAGAGGAUCCUGGUAACCCAAAUCCUUCCAAGUGGCAUGCUAUAGCCAAGCACGUUCCCGAUCGCACCAACAAAGACUGUCGCAAGCGUUGGUUUGCCAAGAUGGCGUCGGACGUGGUCAAGGGCGGAUGGGCGCCGGAUGAGGAUGAGAGACUUGUGAAAGCUAUUGAGCGAUAUGGUACAAGAUGGUCUCUCGUCGCGUCUUUGGUGCAAACAAGGAACAGCGAUCAAUGUGCCAAACGUUGGACUGAUACUUUGAACCCCUCAAUCGACAGGACUACCUGGACGCCGGAGGGUGACGCGCUGUUGAUUAGUGCUGUUAACGAGCACGGAAAGCUGUGGACGAAAAUCGUCAAAACAUACUUCCCUGGGCGAACGGGCCUUUCCGCUAAGAAUAGGUACAAUAGUAUCACCCGCUUUAAUUCUGACCGUGGUGGUCGCAAGUCGUCCGUUAGUUCCUAUACAACACACCGUAGCUCUCAUUCAGAAAGUGCGUCCUCAUCGGCGAGUGUUUCUCCCAUCACACCUUCGAUUCCCAUUCCCGAAGUCCCGAACUCGCUGUUUUCCAAGUCCCCAACGGAUUCACCUAUCCCCUUCUCACUCGACCAGUCCAGCUGGGAAGAACCAUCGUUCGGACCUCUUUCAACUUACGGAUCGUCUCGGUCGCAGUCGGGAUCCCGUGUGGCAGGGUCAGGCUUCAACUCGUUCGAGAAUUCCGUAAAUCAGAACGUGCCUCCGUUCCAUGAGGACUCUCUUCUGGCAUUCCAACCUACGAGUUACGAUCCCUCAUUUUCCUCACAACUCCCGGAUGGUCAAGUCAGCAGCUAUGAUAUUGCUUCCUCUGAGUCCCUUCGUGCUGGCCCUACUCUGCCUCACUUCGGCGCUAUAUCAGCGUCAUUCGACAAUAUAAUUGGGGAGCACUGGGCGAGUACUACUCAAGUUUACGAUCCUAACCACUGGGAACGAUACCGAGUGCCUCCGGCAGGCGGGGCUUCAUCGCCAUACUUGUAUUAAAUCAUCUUGGAUGCCUGUGACCCACUUCUUUUCCUCAUCGUUGUCAUAACUGUAUACUAAGUACUGUACAUCAUUCUUGCAUUCACUACUUAUUCUAGAUCACUGGCAUGGGCAUUGUUUCAAUCAUUCCUCCCCUCCCACAGUUUCGGGAUGUAGAACCACCGAUAAGUAUUUCUAUAAGUAUAGAACCGCGACCGUCAUAA